AUGUCGUUGGUUCCCUCAUUCGCCGGCAUGUCCGGUAAGAAGCUGAUGUGGUCGGUCACAUCAUGUGCAACCUUGGGCUUCUUACUCUUCGGUUACGACCAGGGUGUGAUGAGCAGUAUCAUUGACGCUGAUCCGUUCAACAAUGUCUUUACGGCCACAAGAGGAAACUCAACCAUGCAAGGUGUUGUCACCGCCAUCUACGAACUGGGUUGCCUGGGCGGCGCUCUGUCCAUUCUAGCAUGCGGUGACUGGCUCGGUCGACGCUGGUCCAUCAUGCUCGGAGCGACAGUCAUGAUUCUCAGAGUCAUUCUCCAGGUCACUUCCUACCCCGGUCAUGUCCCUUUAGCUCAGUUCUGUACGUCCAACCGGGGUCUCCUGAUCCGUAUUGAGGGCGGCACCGUCGCGAUUGGCACGUUGAUCUCCUACUGGGUGGAUUUCAGUGCCUCGUACGGACCCCCUGAUCUCACAUGGAGGUUUCUGAUUGCUUUUCAAUGUGUUUUUGGCCUGCUCAUCAUCAUUGGCUUGUGGUUUCUGCCUGAGUCCCCUAGCUGGCUCUUUACUCGAGAGCGGUAUGAGGAAGGCGAAUGUGUGAUCGCUGCGUUGAUGGGCCGGGAGAUUGCUGAUCACGAUGUCCAGUUGCAGAAGACUUUGAUCCUGGAUUCCCUCCGAGCAUCUGGCCAAGCUGGCAAAUCAACUCCCAUGUCGGCUGUAUUUACUGGUGGCAAAACACGGCAUUGUCGCCGCAUGCUUCAAGGAGCAUCAUCCCAGUUCUUCCAACAAAUUGGUGGCUGCAACGCCGUCAUCUACUAUCUCCCUGUGCUCUUUAAACAGUCCCUGGGUCAAACCGAGUUCAUGUCUAUGAUCCUGGGUGGUGUCAACAUGAUUGUUUACUCAAUCUUUGCGACCAUGUCUUGGUUCCUUAUCGAACGUGUAGGUCGUCGCAAGUUGUUCCUCAUCGGAUCGUUUGGACAAAGCUUGUCGAUGGUCAUCACAUUCGCCUGCUUGUUACCCAAUAACGAGCAGGCGGCCAAGGGUGCAGCCGUUGGCCUGUUCACCUUCAUUGCAACAUUCGGGGCCACCUGGCUCCCCCUUCCCUGGCUGUAUCCCGCCGAGAUUUCCCCAAUCAAGACCCGUGCUAAGGCCAACGCCAUCUCAACAUGUACGAACUGGCUCUUCAACUUCCUGAUUGUCAUGGUCACCCCUAUCAUGAUCCGGGAUAUUGGGUGGGGUACCUACCUCUUCUUUGCUGUGGUCAACGCCUCAUUCAUCCCAGUGAUCUACCUCUUCUACCCGGAAAUGGCAGGACGCUCCCUGGAAGAAAUCGACCUGAUCUUCGCAAAGGGAUAUCUAGAGAAGAUGAGCUACGUGCGUGCCGCCAAGGAGCUUCCACACUUGUCUGAUGAAGAGAUCGAGCGGGUGGCAAUCCAGUACGGAUUCGGUUCGGCAGACCAGGAAGCGAAGCAUGCGGUGGGUGACAGCGACAGCACUGAAUCCAAUGUGGCACGAACCGCGGAUGUGGAGAAGAAUUAG